ACUGAACAUACCACUCACCAAGUGUCAGCUGGAUGAGUUUCAAUUAUAGUUCAGUGGAAUAGUGACAAGCAAAAUUAUUAAAAAUGGUUUUGGAAAGUACUAUGAUAUGUUUCGACAAUAGUGAUUACCAGAGAAAUGGUGAUUACUUUCCUACCCGACUGAAUGUACAAAAAGACGGCAUUAAUCUGGUGUGUCUCACCAAAGUGCGUUCAAAUCCAGAGAAUAAUGUUGGGCUAAUGACAAUAUCCAAUACUGUCGAAGUGCUUGCAACACUAACCAGCGAUGUGGGACGUAUAUUCUCUAAAAUGCAUUUGAUACAACCUAAAGGGGAAAUUAAUUUACUCACUGGUAUACGCAUUGCACAUUUGGUUUUGAAACAUCGCCAAGGUAAAAACCAUAAAAUGCGUAUAGUCGUAUUUGUUGGGUCACCAAUCAAUAACGAAGAAGGUGACUUGGUCAAACAAGCAAAACGUUUGAAGAAGGAAAAAGUAAAUGUUGAUAUUGUGAGCUUCGGCGAUCAUGGCAACAAUAACGAAAUAUUAACUGCUUUUAUUAAUGCGUUAAAUGGAAAAGAUGGUACUGGUUCGCAUUUAGUGAGCGUACCACGGGGCUCUGGGUUAUCUGAUGCCUUGCUCUCUUCACCUAUAAUACAAGGUGAGGACGGUAUGGGAGGUGCAGGUCUAAGUGGAGCAGGUUUUGAAUUUGGAGUUGAUCCUAAUGAGGAUCCAGAAUUGGCACUUGCUUUACGUGUUUCUAUGGAGGAACAGCGUCAACGUCAAGAAGAAGAGCAACGCCGUGCUCUUACUGAGUCAAAUACAACUGGUAACAUAGAGCCUAAUGUUGGAGGUGUUAGCGCUGGUGACGAUAAAACUACUCCAAGCAACACUGGUGCUGUUAUUGAAGAACCAAAUUCCGAGGAGGCUAUGUUACAGCGUGCACUAGCUCUAUCAACAGAAACGCCUGAAGACAACUUGCCCGACUUUGCUAAUAUGACUGAAGAGGAACAGAUAGCAUUUGCAAUGCAAAUGUCUAUGCAAGAUGCGGCUGACGAAACUGUAACACAACAAGCCAAGCGUCCUAAAACGGAAGAGAACCAACCAAUGGAUGUGGAUGAGGAUUACUCUGAAGUAAUAGGGGACCCGGCAUUUUUGCAGAGUGUACUCGAAAAUUUGCCCGGCGUUGACCCUCAAUCCGAAGCCGUACGGGAUGCGGUAGGUUCACUUAGUAAAGAAAAAGAGAAAGAAAAGGAUAAGAAGAACGAUGACGGAGAUCAACCUCAGUAAAUAUGAAUCUAAUUGUCAAGAUGUUCGACUUCAGCCCGCUUCAGUACUAAACUAUUAAAAUUUAUAAAUACAUUUAUGCUGGCGUUUCCAAAUAAUAAUUUUUUAAUAAACCUGCAUAUUAAUUGUCUAAAA